AUGGAACAGGCAGCAAGGCUUCAGCAGGGCAGUUCUUCACAUGCCCAAUUUGUUCAACAGCCGGUACCUCCACCUGUUACUCUGUUCCAGCAGCUGCCACCUUCAACAGUGGUUCCAUCUGUGCCAUCUUUACGACCAGGACACAUCAAAGAGGAUCUUGUAGAGCUGAUGAUGAUGCAGAAUGCUCAGAUGCACCAGGUCAUUAUGAACAACAUGACCAUGUCUGCACUUAGUAGCUUUGGCUACACACACGCACAUGAGGCAAAUCUACCUGUAACAUCUGAGGAGGUUCCAGAGGUGUACCACCAUCACUACCCUUGUGCCCCGUGUGGAUCUUACCCCAUGUGGAUGCCCAUGUCACUGGGGUAUUGUCCUUUUCCUCUGCAGACUGUUGAGAGCUUCCAACAUCCGCUUUACCAUUCAUACCCUGUACACGGAGGAAAUACAGAUAGUAGCACUGUGCCACCAAAACUACCACCUAGCGUAACAGGAACUGUCGGACCUGACGUUCCCCCGACUGCAGAGCAUAAUAAUGCAGAGCAUAAAGGAACAGAGAUGAAUUAGAGACAAAAGAACUUCAAUACUGC